AUAACAAAUAAAUAAAUUAACAAACAAGGCAAAUCCACCGAAACGCCACCAUCCACCUCCUCAGUUUCAAGCAUCGUCGUUGGUGAACGGUGGAUCACUGGGAGGAAGAACGACACUGUUAUUUAAUGGCCCAUAAAUUGAGAGGCGAAAUAGUUGGCUGAAAAACUGGGGUCCUUAGCGAGGAAUAUAGUCCUUCGCUGGAAGAGAGAAGGACGCGUUGUUGGUCGAGCAUCAUCCACAGCGAACCAGCAUUUUAUAAGGAGGAGACCAUCCAAACCGUUACAUGGAUUUUUAAGGGCAGUCUGGAAUACCACGACUGGUUGUGCUUUGGGGGGACCAUUUUUGACGUUUGAUUCGUGAGGUUUGACGCCACGGAGAGAAGAUGUCGGGGCAGACGCUGACGGACCGCAUUGCCGCGGCGCAAUACAGCUUAACGGGAUCGGAGGUUGCUCGAGCUGUUUGCAAAGCCACCACUCAUGAGCAGACAGCACCCAAGAAAAAGCACCUGGAAUACCUGAUUGAGGCCACCAAGGAGUCUAAUGUGAACAUCCCACAGAUGGCGGACACGUUGUUUGAGAGGGCCACCAAUGCCAGCUGGGUGGUGGUGUUCAAGGCCCUGAUCACUACGCAUCACAUGAUGGUCGCUGGCAAUGAGAGGUUCCUCCAGUUCCUUGCCUCCAGGAACACCCUCUUCAACCUCAGUAACUUUCUGGACAAAACUGGCUCCCAUGGCUACGACAUGUCCACGUUUAUCAGACGCUACAGCCGGUACCUCAACGAGAAGGCGUUCGCCUACAGACAGAUGUCCUUCGACUUUGGCAGAGUGAAGAAGGGAGCUGAGGGGGUGAUGAGGACGAUGCCCGUAGAGAAGCUGUUGAAAGGAAUGCCCACUCUGCAGAGCCAGAUAGACGCCCUGCUGGAGUUUGAUGUCCAUCCCAAUGAACUGACCAAUGCUGUGAUCAACGCGUGCUUCCUCCUGAUGUUCAAAGACCUGAUCAAGUUAUAUGCCUGCUACAAUGACGGGAUCAUCAAUGUAUUAGAGAAAUUUUUCCAGAUGAAGAGAGGACAGUGCAAAGACGGGCUGGAGAUCUACAAGAGAUUCUUGACACGGAUGACCAGGGUUUCUGAGGUCUUCAAAAUUGCUGAGACCAUAGGAAUUGACAAAAAUGAUAUCCCGGAGCUCACUCAGGCCCCUGAGAGUCUCCUGCAGUCCCUGGAGACUCACCUGAACACUCUGGAGGGGAAGAAGCCAGAGGAUGUUCACAGAGACGAUGUGUCACCAACCAAGGAGUGUGAAGCAAAUGGCUCCCCGGCCGCAGCCACCACGCCUACAAAAGCUCAAGUGGCCCCUGCAGCUGCUGCUGCUCCUGUUGCUCCUGCCCGCCCUGGACCACCUGCCAGACCCACGGCGGCACCCACCUUCAAGGGCUCCAACAAUGCUCUGCUAGACUUGGAUCCAUUGUCAGCCUCCCCAUCAGCAGGUGGAGCAGCAGCCUCUAUCUCGUCAUGGGGAGAUCUGCUUGGUGGCGGUUUAGAUACGCCCCCUGAUCCCACUAGCACCUCUGAGCCAGCCGCUGUUGCUGCUGCUGAUGCUGCAGCUGGUCCAGCUUCCACGCCCAUGGUGGCCCAUACGGAUGGCCCCGCCGCGCCCUCUGUGGCCCCCGUGGUGGUGCUGCCCGUGCCCGCCACUACCGCCUCAGACAUGGAUCUGUUCGGAGACGCGUUUGCACCCUCCCCAGGUGACGGCCCAUCCAGCAGGGCGCCUGCUGCUGAUGCAUGUGCCGGAUCUGACCCCUUCGCUCCAUCGGAGGGGAGUGCAAACUUGGCUCCAGAGAUGGACCUCUUUGCUAUGAAGUUCGAUAACAUGCUGGCUGCCCCAGAAGCAGCCAGCCCCACCUCUAGCGCAGUGCCGAUCAUUGUCGCCCCCAUCGAGCCCCCUGCUGCCGCCCCCGCUCCCUCCACUACCACCACUGAGUCUGCAGCCGCCCCCGCCCCUGCCGUCCCAACUCUCGACCUCUUUGGUGAUUCUAUGUUUGAUUCUAUUCCUGAGAAAAGCCCUACCGCAGAAAAAGCUGAUGCUGCUGUUACUCCUAGCGUAGACCUAUUUGGGGCAGAUCUCCCUACUAUCUCUCGCGGGCCCUCUCCUUUGCCUCCCGAGGCCAAUGCUGAUGAAGACCUCUUGUCUGGUGUGACUGAUGCAUUCUCUGCUAUGGCUCCAGCACCAGCAGUGGCUCCAACUCCAGCUCAAGCCCCGGCACCAGCUCCAGCUCCUGCCCCUGCAACGGUCUCUCCUCCCAAACCUGAGCCCUCUGCUCCUGCACCUGUCAUUGAUCUGCUGGACACAUUCAGUUGUCCUGCUCUGUUGGACGCUACGCCCGCUGCCCCCGGGGGACCAGGAGAGGAUCUGUUGGGUGGACUGAUGUCUCCUAGCCUGGCUCCCACGGCAGCCCCUGCUCCUUUGGCCCCCGCUUUGGCCCCGGCCCUCGCCCCUACGCUGGCUCCUGUCUCAGCCCAGAAUGACUUGCUGGAGUGUGGCUUCGACACCCUCGGCUCCCUACCCCCACUAAUGCCCGCCACACCAGCAGCUGCAGACACAGUGCCGGCCGCAGCAGCACCCUCUGGUGGCUUUGAUGCAUCAGUGUUUGGCGGAUUAGGGGACAUACUGAUGCCAGCCAUAACACCCCAGUCCACUGGGGGUAGUGUGGGCAGCACUGGCAGUGGUGGGGUCAGUACCAAGUUUACACCCGCGGUCGGGGUUGGCAUGACAGGCGCCACAGCUAUUAAGCGGCCAUCCAUCGGGGGCGACUUGGACUCCUCCCUGGCAAACCUGGUUGGAGAUCUGGGGAUUCAGAAAAAGGACCACCAGUGGAAUGAGAAGAAGCUGACAGGAGGAUCUAACUGGACCCCCCAGGUAGCCCCUCCCAGCUGGGGCGCUCCUGGACCUAUGAUGGGUGGCCCCGCCCCUGGAGCCCCUGGAGCCAUCCCUCCGCCCAUGGGAGCACAUCCUGGCUUUGGCAUGGCCUCAGCAGCUGGAUCUGGAGUUCCCAUGAUGCCUCCCAUGAUGAUGGGACAGCCAAUGAUGGGUCAACCCAUGAGACCACCCCUGCCAGGAGCUGCAGCACCAGGGGCACUGCUGUCUUCAGGACCUGCUGCCAACCAGAGCAAAAAGCCCAAGGACCCACUGGCAGACCUCAACCUCAAGGACUUAAUGUAAUCCCCCAGGCCAGCUCUUGUUUUUCUGGAGCUGGGCCCUCUGGCCGCCUGUCUUAUUUCGGCGUUCUCUACAACCUGGGACACCAGAGACCCUCCUCAGCUACUCACCCUUAGGAGACCCCCUUCCUCCACCCCAUCCCAGCCCCCUGUGUAAUGUUGUAGCACAAACUGUGAAAGUGACACCUUAGUGAGGAAAAAACAAGUGUGUGCUUAACUAGAUGUAACCUUUUGUCUAAACAAAACCACACAAAACAUAUUUAAAAAAAAUGUCUAUCAAAGCAAGCCAGAAACCCGAGCGGAAGCUGAAGGCGUAUGUGCUGUUUGUAUUUAGAUCCUUUUUUCCAGUAGUGUUGGCGUGUUGAGUUGAAUGAUGGAUGCGUGUUUGUUUGAUGCCCUCAACUCCACCUUCGGCCCUGCACUGGCCUUCUGAUCACUCAAGAGGGGAGGGAGUUCCACCCUGCCUCACCCUGAUUGGAUAAGAGGGGUAAGCAAAGCAGCCCUGUCAUUUUUGGAUGAAAUGUGCAAUGUGUCGUUUGCAGAAGUUCUUCUUCGUUGUUGUAUAUACAUUACACUGGCAAAUCUUUAACGAUUCUGUCUCUACUCUGUAUGUCUGUGGAAGAGCAUAUUGAUGUGAAUCUGAUAUCAAAUUGUAAAGAAGUCAUGUGACCAUUAUCUUAUUUCCCGUCUUCUUUUGAACAUAUUUAGAAACAAAUAUGAAUAUAUGAUUAAUAUGAAUAAGCAACAUGUACGGGCUCCUGAAUCCUAAAUGACCAUCCAGUGAUUUUUUUUUAAUGAUGUUCAGUAUAUUUAUUCGUUUUUUUAUCAGCGCUUAU